CGAGCGCAGAGCAGCCCGGGCCGUGGCACGGGUCGCAGCCGGUUCGAGGCCCGCUCGUGCUCGCUCUCGGCGCCGCGCCCCGGCCCUCGGGGCUCCUGACGCUCGUCCCGCAGCUCGCCGCGCCGCGCUCUCGCCGCCGCCGCCAGGAUGCCGGCGACCGAGAAGGACCUGGCGGAGGACGCGCCGUGGAAGAAGAUCCAGCAGAACACGUUCACGCGCUGGUGCAACGAGCACCUCAAGUGCGUGAACAAGCGCAUCGGGAACCUGCAGACCGACCUGAGCGACGGGCUGCGGCUGGUCGCGCUGCUCGAGGUGCUCAGCCAGAAGCGCAUGUACCGCAAGUACCACCAGCGCCCCACCUUCCGCCAGAUGCAGCUCGAGAACGUGUCCGUGGCGCUCGAGUUCCUGGACCGCGAGGGCAUCAAGCUCGUGUCCAUCGACAGCAAAGCCAUCGUGGAUGGGAACCUGAAGCUCAUCCUGGGCCUGGUGUGGACGCUGAUCCUCCACUACUCCAUCUCCAUGCCUGUGUGGGAGGAUGAAGGGGACGAUGAUGCCAAGAAGCAGACGCCAAAGCAGAGACUGCUGGGAUGGAUUCAGAACAAGAUCCCCUACCUGCCCAUCACCAACUUCAACCAGAACUGGCAAGACGGCAAAGCCUUGGGAGCCCUGGUAGACAGCUGUGCUCCAGGUCUGUGCCCAGACUGGGAGUCCUGGGACCCACGGAAGCCUGUGGACAACGCACGAGAAGCCAUGCAGCAAGCAGACGACUGGCUGGGUGUGCCACAGGUCAUCACUCCUGAAGAAAUUAUCCACCCAGAUGUGGACGAGCACUCGGUUAUGACUUACCUGUCCCAGUUCCCCAAAGCCAAGCUCAAGCCAGGGGCUCCUCUUAAACCCAAACUCAACCCGAAGAAAGCCAGGGCCUAUGGCAAAGGAAUCGAGCCCACUGGGAACAUGGUGAAGCAGCCAGCCAAGUUCACUGUGGACACCAUCAGCGCCGGGCAAGGAGACGUGAUGGUGUUUGUCGAGGAUGCAGAAGGGAACAAAGAGGAGGCACAAGUGACCCCUGACAGCGACAAGAACAAGACAUACUCUGUGGAGUAUCUGCCCAAGGUCACUGGGUUGCACAAAGUCACAGUCCUCUUUGCAGGACAGCAUAUCUCCAAGAGUCCAUUUGAAGUGAAUGUUGACAAGGCCCAGGGAGACGCCAGUAAAGUCACUGCAAAAGGCCCAGGGUUGGAAGCUACAGGGAACAUCGCCAAUAAGCCCACCUACUUUGACAUCUACACAGCUGGAGCCGGUGUAGGUGACGUUGCUGUGGAAGUCGAAGAUCCCCGGGGGAAGAGCCCUGUGGAGCUGCUUGUGGAAGACAGAGGAAACCAAGUGCAUCGAUGUGUGUACAAACCCGUGCAGCCUGGCCCCCAUGUGGUCAAGGUCUCGUUUGCUGGGGACACCAUUCCCAAGAGCCCCUUCGUCGUGCAAGUCGGGGAAGCCUGCAGUCCAAAUGCUUGCCGGGCCAGUGGCCGAGGCCUGCAGCCCAAAGGUGUCCGUAUCAGGGAGACUGCAGACUUCAAGGUUGACACCAAAGCUGCGGGGAGUGGGGAGCUCAGCGUAACCGUGAAGGGUCCUAAGGGUCUGGAGGAGUUGGUGAAGCAGAAAGGCUUUCUGGAUGGGGUCUACACAUUCGAGUACUACCCCAGCACCCCUGGGAGAUACAGCAUUGCCAUCACAUGGGGGGGAUACCACAUUCCAAAGAGCCCCUUUGAAGUUCAAGUUGGCCCUGAAGCAGGCAUGCAAAAAGUCCGUGCCUGGGGCCCUGGCCUACAUGGCGGGAUUGUUGGGCGGUCAGCAGACUUCGUGGUGGAGUCCAUCGGCUCUGAAGUGGGGUCUCUGGGGUUUGCCAUUGAAGGCCCUUCCCAGGCAAAGAUCGAAUAUGAUGACCAGAAUGAUGGUUCGUGUGAUGUCAAAUACUGGCCCAAGGAGCCUGGCGAAUACGCCAUUCACAUCAUGUGUGACGACGAAGACAUCAAGGACAGCCCGUAUAUGGCCUUCAUCCACCCGGCCACAGGAGACUACAACCCUGAUCUGGUCCAAGCGUAUGGGCCAGGCUUGGAGAAAUCUGGGUGCAUCAUCAACAACCCCGCUGAGUUCACCGUGGAUCCCAAGGAUGCUGGAAAAGCUCCCUUAAAGAUAUUUGCUCAGGAUGGGGAAGGCCAGCCCGUUGACAUCCAGAUGAAGAGCCGGAUGGAUGGCACAUACACCUGCUCAUACACCCCAGUUAAGGCCAUCAAGCAUACCAUUGCCGUGGUCUGGGGAGGUGUGAGCAUCCCACACAGCCCCUACAGGGUCAGCAUUGGGCAAGGCAGCCAUCCCCAGAAGGUCAAAGUGUUUGGACCGGGUGUGGAGAGAAGUGGCCUGAAGGCAAAUGAGCCUACUCACUUCACAGUGGACUGUGCUGAGGCCGGGGAAGGUGAUGUCAGUGUUGGCAUUAAGUGUGAUGCCCUGGUGUUAAGUGAGGAUGAGGAAGACGUGGAUUUUGACAUUAUUCACAAUGCCAAUGACACGUUCACUGUGAAAUACGUGCCUCCUGCCGCGGGGCGGUACACCAUCAAAGUGCUCUUUGCGUCUCAGGAAAUCCCCGCCAGCCCUUUCCGAGUCAAAGUCGACCCUUCCCACGACGCCAGCAAAGUGAAGGCAGAAGGCCCGGGGCUCAGCAAAGCAGGCGUGGAAAAUGGGAAACCGACCCACUUCACUGUCUACACCAAGGGGGCCGGGAAAGCCCCGCUCAAUGUGCAGUUCAGCAGCCCCUUUCCUGGUGACACGGUGAAAGAUUUGGAUGUCAUCGAUAAUUACGACUACUCCCACACCGUCAAAUACACACCCACCCAGCAGGGCAUCAUGCAGGUCCUGGUGACUUACGGUGGUGAUCCCAUCCCUAAGAGCCCUUUCACUGUGGGUGUCGCUGCUCCGCUGGAUCUGAGCAAGAUUAAAAUUAAUGGGCUGGAAAACAGGGUCGAAGUUGGGAAAGACCUGGAGUUCGCCAUUGACACCAGAGGGGCAGGCGGCCAGGGGAAGCUGGAUGUGACGAUCCUGAGCCCCUCUCGGAAGGUCGUGCCAUGCCUUGUGGCUCCUGUGACAGGCAGGGAGAGCAGCACAGCCAGGCUCGUCCCCCGGGAGGAGGGGCUGUAUGCGGUGGGCGUGACCUACGACGGGCACCCUGUGCCUGGGAGCCCCUACACGCUAGAGGCCGCCCUGCCACCGGAUCCCGCCAAGGUGAAGGCCCACGGUCCUGGCCUCAAAGGUGGUCUCGUGGGUAAGCCCGCCGAGUUCACCAUUGACACCAAAGGAGCUGGAACUGGAGGUUUGGGCCUAACCGUGGAAGGUCCAUGUGAAGCCAAAAUCGAAUGCUCCGACAAUGGUGACGGGACCUGCUCUGUCUCCUACCUCCCCACAAAACCCGGGGAAUACUGCGUCAACAUUCUGUUUGAAGAAGUCCACAUACCUGGGUCUCCCUUCAAAGCCAAUAUCGAAAUGCCCUUCGACCCCUCUAAAGUCGUGGCGUCGGGGCCAGGUCUGGAGCACGGGAAAGUGGGAGAAGCCGGGCUCCUCAGCGUUGACUGUUCCGAAGCUGGGCCCGGCGCCCUGGGCCUGGAGGCUGUCUCAGACUCAGGAGCGAAGGCCGAAGUCUCCAUUCAGAACAAUAAAGAUGGCACCUACGCCGUGACCUACAUGCCCCUGGCGGCUGGGAUGUACACGCUGGCCCUGAAGUACGGCGGCGAGCUCGUGCCGCACUUCCCCGCCCGGGUCAAGGUGGAUCCCGCCGUGGACACCAGCAGGGUUAAAGUCUUUGGGCCAGGAAUUGAAGGAAAAGAUGUGUUUCGGGAAGCCACCACGGACUUCACAGUUGACUCGCGGCCUCUGACCCAGGUGGGGGGCGACCACAUCAAGGCCCACAUUGCCAACCCCUCAGGGGCCUCCACUGAGUGCUUUGUCGCAGACAAUGCUGACGGGACCUACCAGGUGGAAUACACGCCCUUUGAGAAAGGCCUCCAUGUAGUGGAGGUGACGUAUGAUGAUGUGCCCGUCCCAAGUAGCCCCUUCAAAGUGGCUGUAACUGAAGGCUGCCAGCCAUCUCGCGUCCAAGCCCGAGGACCUGGGUUGCAAGAGGCCUUUACUGACAAACCCAAUGUCUUCACUGUUGUUACCAGAGGGGCAGGAAUUGGUGGGCUCGGCAUCACCGUGGAGGGACCGUCGGAGUCGAAGAUAAACUGCAGAGACAACAAAGACGGCAGCUGCACCGCCGAGUACAUCCCCUUCGCUCCCGGGGAUUAUGACGUUAACAUCACAUACGGCGGAGCCCACAUCCCUGGCAGCCCCUUCAGGGUUCCUGUGAAGGAUGUUGUGGAUCCCAGCAAGGUCAAGAUCACCGGCCCUGGGCUGGGCUCAGGCGUCCGAGCCCGAGUGCUGCAGUCCUUCACUGUGGACAGCAGCAAGGCUGGCCUGGCCCCACUGGAAGUGAGGGUCCUGGGCCCACGAGCUGAUGAGAUGGAUUCCCAGUCAUGGUGCAGCUCCUUAAAAGCCAUUUCAGAGUUCUUUAAAGGUGACCUGAAGGGAAGUCUAGGUAGCUUCUCAGACCUCGCAUCUCUGUUCUCAGGCCUGGUGGAGCCUGUGAACGUGUUGGACAAUGGGGAUGGCACACACACAGUUACGUACACUCCAUCUCAGGAGGGACCUUACAUGGUCUCAGUUAAAUAUGCUGAUGAAGAGAUCCCUCGCAGUCCCUUUAAGGUCAAGGUCCUUCCCACAUAUGAUGCCAGCAAAGUGACCGCCAGUGGCCCUGGCCUUAGUUCCUAUGGUGUGCCCGCCAGCCUGCCCGUGGAGUUUGCAAUCGAUGCUAGAGAUGCUGGGGAAGGCCUGCUUGCUGUUCAGAUAACGGACCAGGAGGGAAAACCCAAAAGAGCCAUUGUCCAGGACAAUAAAGAUGGCACAUACGCUGUCACCUACAUUCCCGACAAGACCGGACGCUAUAUGAUUGGGGUCACCUACGGGGGUGACAACAUUCCGUUUUCUCCGUACCGCAUCCGGGCCACGCAGACAGGCGAUGCCAGCAAGUGCCUGGCCACAGGUCCUGGAAUUGCCCCCACUGUGAAAACCGGAGAGGAAGUAGGCUUUGUGGUUGACGCCAAGACUGCCGGGAAGGGGAAAGUGACCUGCACAGUUCUGACCCCAGAUGGCACUGAGGCUGAGGCCGAUGUCAUCGAGAAUGAAGAUGGCACCUAUGACAUAUUCUACACAGCUGCCAAGCCGGGCACCUACGUGAUCUACGUGCGCUUUGGCGGUGUCGAUAUUCCCAACAGCCCCUUCACUGUCGUGGCCACGGAUGGGGAAGUCACAGCCAUGGAGGAGGCACCGGUAAAUGCAUGUCCCCCUGGAUUCAGGCCCUGGGUGACCGAAGAGGCGUAUGUCCCAGUGAGUGACAUGAACGGCCUAGGGUUCAAACCUUUUAACCUGGUCAUCCCGUUUGCAGUCAGGAAAGGAGAGAUCUCCGGAGAGGUCCACAUGCCUUCUGGGAAGACAGCCACCCCUGAGAUUGUGGACAACAAGGACGGCACGGUCACUGUGAGAUACGCACCCACUGAGGUUGGGCUUCACGAGAUGCACAUCAAAUACAUGGGCAGCCACAUCCCUGAGAGCCCACUCCAGUUCUACGUGAACUACCCCAACAGCGGGAGUGUUUCUGCGUACGGCCCAGGCCUGGUGUAUGGAGUGGCCAGAAAGACUGCCACCUUCACCAUCGUCACUGAGGACGCAGGAGAAGGUGGUCUGGACUUGGCUAUUGAGGGGCCCUCAAAGGCAGAAAUCAGCUGCAUUGACAACAAAGACGGGACAUGCACAGUCACCUACCUGCCUACCCUGCCGGGUGACUACAGCAUUCUGGUCAAGUACAAUGACAAGCACAUCCCUGGCAGCCCCUUCACAGCCAAGAUCACAGACGACAGCAGACGGUGCUCCCAGGUGAAGUUGGGCUCCGCUGCUGACUUCCUGCUCGACAUCAGCGAGACCGACCUCAGCACCCUGACGGCCAGCAUCAAGGCCCCAUCUGGCCAUGACGAGCCCUGUCUCCUGAAGCGGCUGCCCAACAACCACAUUGGCAUCUCCUUCAUCCCCCGAGAGGUGGGCGAACACCUGGUUAGCAUCAAGAAGAAUGGCAACCACGUGGCCAACAGCCCUGUGUCCAUCAUGGUGGUCCAGUCUGAGAUCGGUGAUGCCCGCCGAGCCAAAGUCUAUGGCCGUGGUCUGUCAGAAGGCCGGACUUUUGAGAUGUCGGACUUCAUCGUGGACACGAGAGAAGCAGGUUACGGUGGCAUAUCCUUGGCGGUGGAAGGUCCCAGCAAGGUGGACAUCCAGACUGAGGACCUGGAAGACGGCACCUGCAAAGUUUCUUACUUCCCCACCGUGCCUGGGGUUUACAUUGUCUCCACCAAAUUCGCUGAUGAGCACGUGCCUGGGAGCCCGUUUACGGUGAAGAUCAGCGGGGAGGGCAGAGUCAAGGAGAGCAUCACCCGCACCAGCCGGGCCCCGGCCGUGGCCACCGUCGGGAGCAUCUGUGACCUGAACCUGAAGAUCCCAGAAAUCGACAGCAGUGACUUGUCGGCCCACGUCACCAGCCCCUCUGGCCGUGUGACCGAGGCAGAGGUUGUGCCCAUGGGGAAGAGCUCGCACUGUGUCCGGUUUGUCCCCCAGGAGAUGGGCGUCCACACGGUCAGCGUCAAGUACCGUGGGCAGCACGUGACGGGCAGCCCCUUCCAGUUCACCGUAGGGCCGCUCGGUGAGGGAGGCGCCCACAAGGUCCGUGCAGGGGGCCCUGGCCUGGAGAGAGGAGAGGCGGGAGUCCCAGCUGAGUUCAGCAUUUGGACCCGGGAAGCUGGCGCCGGGGGCCUCUCCAUCGCUGUUGAGGGCCCCAGUAAGGCCGAGAUCACAUUCGAUGACCAUAAAAACGGGUCAUGUGGUGUGUCUUAUAUUGCCCAAGAGCCUGGUAACUACGAGGUGUCCAUCAAGUUCAACGAUGAGCACAUCCCCGAGAGCCCCUACCUGGUGCCGGUCAUUGCACCCUCCGAUGACGCCCGCCGCCUCACUGUUAUGAGCCUUCAGGAAUCGGGAUUAAAAGUUAACCAGCCAGCAUCCUUUGCUAUAAGGUUGAAUGGUGCGAAAGGCAAGAUUGAUGCAAAGGUGCACAGCCCCUCUGGAGCCGUGGAGGAGUGCCACGUGUCUGAGCUGGAGCCAGAUAAGUACGCUGUUCGCUUCAUCCCCCAUGAAAACGGCGUCCACACCAUCGAUGUCAAGUUCAACGGGAGCCAUGUGGUGGGAAGCCCCUUCAAAGUGCGUGUCGGGGAACCCGGCCAAGCGGGGAACCCUGCCCUGGUGUCCGCCUACGGUGCCGGGCUCGAGGGGGGCACCACAGGCGUCCAGUCCGAAUUCUUCAUCAACACUACCCGGGCAGGUCCAGGGACAUUGUCCGUCACCAUCGAAGGCCCGUCCAAGGUUAAAAUGGAUUGCCAGGAAACCCCAGAAGGGUACAAAGUCAUGUACACCCCCAUGGCUCCCGGAAGCUACCUGAUUGGCGUCAAAUAUGGCGGCCCUAACCACAUCGUGGGCAGUCCCUUCAAGGCCAAGGUGACAGGCCAGCGUUUGGUCAGCCCUGGCGCAGCCAGCGAGACCUCCUCCAUCCUGGUGGAGUCAGUGACCAGGUCCUCUACGGAGACCUGCUAUAGUGCCAUCCCCAAGGCAUCCUCGGACGCCAGCAAGGUGACCUCCAAGGGAGCAGGGCUCUCGAAGGCCUUCGUGGGCCAGAAGAGCUCCUUCCUGGUGGACUGCAGCAAAGCCGGUUCCAACAUGCUGCUGAUCGGGGUCCACGGGCCCACCACCCCCUGCGAAGAGGUCUCCAUGAAGCACGUGGGCAGCCAGCAGUACAGCGUCACGUACGUCGUCAAGGAGCGGGGGCAGUACGUCCUGGCUGUCAAGUGGGGGGAGGAGCACAUCCCUGGCAGCCCCUUUCAUGUCACAGUGCCUUAAAAUGGUUUUCGUCAAAUCCUGGGAGGAGUCUGUGGUUGCUUUUGUAGCUUGUUUGGGCGAUUCAUUUUAUACAAAGUCCUCCAGCCUGUUUGUGGAUCUGAAACCCCACCCCUAAAACAUUGCUAUCCUAAAGUGCCUCCAGAAGUGAGUCUAGGCCUGACUCUGGAGGGACCUGUCGGGGAAUCUUAAGACAUGCAAGCCUGCCCAGUGGGCUAGGAAGAUCUGGAGCACACGCACGCACAUCGGAACUCUGGCGCAGAGACCACCUGCUACAGACAGACCAAGCACGUGGGCAAGACCAACAUUUUUUGAAUGAAAUUGGCUAGACUAAGUUACGGGGCACUCUUCAGCACUGAUGAAACAAGGCUAGGAGAAUGGGGCAGGGGAAAAGAGACCUAGUUUGGGUCAUCACUAGCCCAGGAGAUGGCUUAAAGCCAGCUUAAUCUACCACGGUGUAAGAAAAGGCCCUCAGGUGCUAGCAGCAUCGUAAUACUGCUCAUUGCCAGUCUGCAGGCUCUGUGGCUUCUCACGCUUCUCAACGGGCAGAGUGGACAUGGUGGCAAACGGGCCUGAAUGGUGCCGAGUGCCUGUCCCCUCUCUAGGAUGAUUGUUCCGUGCAGCAUCGUCACAUGACCAGCCUGGCAGCCGUCGUUUUGCUUCAGUUUUUCAAGUCCCUUUCAGGCACUUGGCCUGAGGAAAUCCUGCAGUGGUGGGCAGCACUCCACUUGCCAAAGACCCCUCUAACCAGCACUAGCCCUCGUUUUAACACAGGUUUGUCAGCCUGGUGAGUCUUACCGAAACGUUCAGAGUGACCGCAGGCGGGCGGCCUGUUGGCGCCUGGUGUGAGAGGACCGCAGGUGUCGGAAGCCAAACUGGAAUCAAAAUGCCCACUAUAAAUUGUAUCUUAUAACUUAUUAAAAAAUGUUUGCUCCAUAAA